UCAAUUUAAGACAGUCUGUGGCUUUGGGUAAAAGUUGUCAUUUGUUCCAACCUAAAAUAAUUUUUUAACAGCAAAUUUGAAUCAGUGAGCUCGAAUAUUCUUAACCUUGUUUCACACCUACAGAGUCGUCCAAAAACAGAAAACACGUGUAUUGUGGAUUUGAGCGUCAAGAACUUGUUAGCAACUUUCAAAAAUGGCGCCACUUUCCACAAAUUUUAUUGGCUAGUUUGGAUCUCGUUCCCAGAGUUAGCUCCCCCGGGGCGUAAACAGCCCUGCGUACGAGAGUAGAACCGAGACGACCCCUGCAUGUGGAACACACGGCAGCUGCAGCUGAUACAGUGAAGAUGUUGAGACAACUAAGAUUCCUGCAGGCAUGCAGACAUGGAACCUGGCGUCCAUUCAGAAGGCGAUUUUCAGACCUCAUCAAAAUUCUCCCGGAAGUAAGAAAAGCCCUUGCAAAUGGUGAGCCAGUAGUUGCCCUGGAGAGUACAGUCAUCACACAUGGCAUGCCUUAUCCGCACAAUAUAAGGACAGCCCAGAGAGUAGUUCAGAUUGUACGGGAACACAGGGCAACACCUGCAACUAUUGCUAUCAUCAAUGGGAAACUUAGAAUAGGUCUAAAAGAAGAUGAGCUUGAGUGGCUGGCUAAGACAGAAGAUCCAGUUUUAAAGACAUCAAGAAGAGACUUGUCUAUGGUUGUCAGCAAGGGCUGGAGUGGAGGAACUACGGUGGCAGCUACCAUGAUAGCAGCCAACAAGGCUGGCAUCCCUGUCUUUGUGACAGGAGGUAUUGGAGGGGUGCACAGGGGAGGACAUUCAACCCUGGAUGUCAGUGCUGACCUGACGGAGCUCGGAAGAACACCCAUAGCUGUCGUUUCUGCUGGAGUCAAGUCAAUCCUGGACAUCAGUCGCACGUUAGAGUACUUGGAGACCCAGGGAGUAUCUGUGAUGACCUAUGGAAACACCACAGACUUCCCAGCAUUCUUCACCCAAAAGAGCGGCUUCCACUCUCCAUACAACGUCACCAGUCCUGAGGAGGCUGCGGAGGUCAUAGACAAUCAUUUCUCCCUGGGGCUGGACAGUGGGCUGCUUAUUGCCGUGCCCAUUCCCGAGCAGCAUGCUGCACAGAAGGUGGAAGAUGCCAUACAGAGGGCAGUUCAACAAGCAAGUGAAGAGGGGGUACGUGGGGACAAGGUCACUCCAUACAUCCUGGGAAAAGUGGACGAGCUGACUCAGGGAAAGUCUCUUGCUGCUAACAUUGCCUUGAUGGAGAACAAUGCUGCAGUGGGCAGCCAGCUAGCCUGGGCCUUGUCACACAGGAGAAGAAAGCACUACCACAACCUGCCCACCUCCAACCUGCAGGCCAAGAGCCCACUGACAGAUGUCGUUAUCAAGAGUAACAAACCUGUUGUCGUAGGCGCCAGUGUUGUGGACUUUGUGGCAAAGACCAAGGAUCCAGAAGUCAAGCUGGGUGGCAUGACAAACCCAGGGACAUUGACCCAAUCUUUUGGGGGAGUUGGUAGAAACAUUGCAGAUUGCAUGAGUCGACUGGGUGCCAUGCCUCUACUUGUGUCUGCAGUUGGGAACGACCCGCAUGCUGCAUCAUUUUACAUCUACUCAGCACACAUGGAUGUGUCUGGAGUGUCCCAGCUGGAGGACCAGAGAACUGCCACCUACUGUGCUGUUCUGAACGGAGAGGGUGAACUGGUGCUGGGGGUGGGAGACAUGGACAUCAACGAUCAAAUAUCACCCAAUUUGGUAUCCAAAUUUGCCUCAGCUAUUGAGCUGGCCCCAUUUGUGUGUGUGGAUGGCAACGUUCCAGAAGAAACUGUUAGCUACAUACUCAAGCUGUGCCACUAUCUUCAGGUGCCAGCCUGGUAUGAACCAACCUGUGUCUUGAAGUCCUCCAAACCAUUCCGGUCAGAUGCCUGGAAGAACAUAACUUACCUGUCCCCAAACUUAACUGAACUGAGGGCGAUCUACCGCAUGGUGACUGGGCACGAGGAACCACUAGUUCCAGAGGAAGACCCUACCCUGUCCCAGAGACUUCAGGAGGCAGUCUUCCUUGUCCGUCCCCUGUUGGAAUACCUCCACUGUGUUAUUGUGACCUUGAGUAGAGAUGGGGUGCUUGUGUGCCGCAACACGGAGCAGCAGUCCAGUUUCCCUGUAGGGAAAGGAAACAACACAAUCAAAAAAACGAUGCUGACAGCAGUACAUUAUCCAGUGUUCCCUAAAACAGAGCAGCAGGUGAUCAACGUCUCAGGAGCGGGAGAUUGCUUGUCUGCAGGCAUGAUGCAUGGUAUGCUACAGGGUCUUCCCCCAGACAUCUGCAUAAAGCAGGGUCUCCUGGCCGCCUACAACUCCACACAGACCCACAGUGCUGUGCCCUCAAACAUCGACUGUACAGACUUCUCUGAAGAGAACAUCAAGAAGCUGCACUGGCCAACUUACACCAUACCUAUCUAGUUGAUGUUGAGUUGAUGCUGGUUCAAACUUGAUGUCAGUACAGGUGUAGUCCUCAAGAAGAGUUUAGGGUCUCUUGAGAUCUCCACUUUGCUGCUUGCUUCGAUUUAGGUGCCUUCUUGAUUAUGAUAGUGCCGUACCAAAUUCAUCAUCCUCUUGUAAUCUUACAGAAUAGUCAUGCAUUUUACUGCUUAUAAUACAUACUUUUGUAGCCUCUGCAGCGAUCAACAAAUUGGUGGAGCAGUUCUCUUGUAAACCAUAGGGUGGCUAUAGCUAUAUGGCCUUCUUCGGUCAAUAUUGACCAUUUGAAUGAACGAAUAACAUACACUUGAAGAAGCCAAGAUCCUUACUGGCAUAGGGUGGUGUACUUAGAUAUAUCUACGACAGGCUUAUGAUACCAAUAUGCCAUUUCCCUGCAUACAGUGAUAAUCUUAUGUUGUAUAAAUAUCCACACUAUGCUUACCAGAUGUUUUAUUGUUUUUCUUUUCAAAUUGUAUCUUGCCAAUUGUUCAGAUGUAAAAAAUCAUGUUGUUUUGUUUAUAACCGAGAGUUUUGUAUUGUGAAAGAUGAACUCAAUAAAUUGUCAUGUAACUGACUUCUGCA